CGGAUUCACGGCGGAGGGGGGAGGUGGAGCUCGUGUAAGCUCGCCAUACGCGAGUUUCAGCGAUACACGUAUCGUAUGCGCGCGUAUGUAAACAAUCGUAAACAAUCUCCACGGUAAUUAAUACUCUUCUAACAUGAUCUCGUUGACAAAGAUUGAAAAAUCAACAAAGGGCGAAGCAGAAGUCGACGAAGUGACAGACGCUCAGGACGAUCCGUACGACGUGGAGAAAUGUGCUCGUUGGAUUCGGACAAAUGCCUUAAAACAGGUAUGCCUACAGUUUCCAGACAGCCUGUUACCAAACUCGGUGGAAGUUGCGCUACGCUUGGAGAGGAGCGUAGAGCAGAAAGUGUACAUCUUGGGGGACACGAGCUGCGGUAGCUGUUGCGUCGACGAGGUAACGGCGCAACACAUUGAGGCGGAUGGCAUAAUACACUUUGGUCACGCCUGCCUCAAUCCCACCGCUCGUUUACCGGUCUUUCACGUUUUACCGAGAAAGCAGUUGAACGCGACGGAGCUCGUUGAUGAGUUCAAGCGAGUCUUCGCCGACUGCACGAAGAAGAUUAUAUUUUUCUACGAUGUGGCGUAUGCGCAUGAAAUUGAAUAUGUAUAUAAUAUAUUGAAACCUAUGUAUAAACACUUAAUUUUGUCUAAAUUAAAUUGUACAUCGAACGUGGAGUAUACCGAUACGAGAGCAAACCCGGCCUCGGUUGUCUUAGGUAGAAGUUACGCCUUAGAAAAUGGAUAUAAUGUACAGGAUUACGAAGGGUUCUUUUUGGGCGAGAAAGAAAAAAUUCUCGCGUUAUUAGCGAUGAGUAUACCUGUGAAAAAGUGGUACUGUUACACAAACGAUAAAAUUAGCGAGUUCGAAGCGUUGAAUACACCUUGGUUGAAACGAAGGAGAUUCCUAAUAGAAAAGCUGAGGGAUGCGAAAAUUGUGGGAAUUGUGGUGGCCACAUUGGGCAUUCAGCAAUAUUUGACAGCUAUAAACAUGGUAAAAAGGACGCUCAAGCAAAAAAAUAAAAAGUCUUAUCUUCUUAGUGUAGGAAAGAUAAAUCCUGCCAAGCUUGCAAAUUUUCCGGAGAUUGAUGCUUUUGUUGUGAUAGCUUGUCCAGAAAAUGAAGUAUUUGACUCGAGAGACUUUUUUAAGCCUAUACUUACAGUGUACGAAGUUGAAUUGGCAUUCAAUAGCGCAAGGGAAUUCUGUCCACAAUUUUUCAUGGAUUUUCGGCAGAUAUUACCCGGUGGCUCUCACUAUGUCGACUUUAAGCCAUCAACGGACUCGGAUGUUUCUCUCAUAACCAGCAACGUCAGAAAUUGCGAGGAUGAUACUUUAUGUACAGAUCACAUGAAUGCUUUGACAGUUCGUUCAUCAGGUACUGUUGCUAUUGGUAAGGCUGGAGCUCAAUAUCUACAAGAAAGAUCCUGGAAGGGUGUUGAGCAAAGACUAGGUGAAGAUCCUGUACAACCAGCAGAAACUGGCCGCGCUGGAUUAGCAUGGGAAUAUACAAAUGAAACUUCAAAAACAGAUAAACAUAACGCACAAACGGAAUAAAUAUUGUAUAUCUAUA